UGAUAUAUAUCUUCCUUCCUCUACUCUAGGCUCACCAGAUCCUUGCUUCAACAAGAAUAAAAAAGAUUCGUCUUUUCAAUUUUCACCUGGGAUUCUUCUAUCUUCUACAUUUUUCGCUUUUGCCUCUUGCAUGCCAUGUUCUUACUAUUAUAGUUCUUCACUUUUCUCGAACGCUUUCUUCCCAUACUAUGUUCGUGACGAAAUAGUGAAAUGCUACCUUAUUUUUCUGGAUCGCUCGCAGAUCGUUUUGUCACUGAACUACUAAUCUUAAAGGGUUGAAGAGGAAGAAUGCGAACAGUUUCUCUGAUUGUGACUUUAUAGGGUCCUCUUCUUCCAUUGGGUCCUGCACUGAAGGUUACAAAUAGCUGCGUUGGGUUAGGUUUGAAAUUAUGAUCAAACAGAUACUUGGUAAGCUUCCAAGGAAGCCAUCUAAGUCAGCUGACAAUCGUGAAUUUUCUGGUCCAACAACAGCCUCUUUGCUUCAAACUACUGGUUCUAGAGCUGCUGAUUUUGUGAGUAGUGGACCAGUGAGUUCAAAUAGUACGUUUCUUCCUGGCUCUGAAGCUGCUCCCAGUUCAGCAUAUGGUCAUGGAAGUAAUGUCCCUUCUAUUGUGAACUCGCAAGUGAAUGGUAGUGUGGCAGUUACUCCUUAUGAAGCGUUGCCAGGGUUUAGGGAUGUCUCGAACUCUGAAAAGCAAUCCUUAUUCAUCAGAAAACUGCAUUUGUGCAGUGUAGUGUUUGACUUCACUGACCCCACAAAGCAUAUAAAAGAAAAGGAAAUCAAAAGACAGACAUUGCUUGAGCUGGUGGAAUAUGUUACUUCUGUGAGUGCCAAAUUCAAUGAAACUGUCAUGCAACAGAUUAUCAAGAUGGUAUCUGUAAAUUUAUUCAGGUCACUCAAUGCGCAGCCCCGUGAGAACAAGGUUUCUGAAGCCUUUGAUCUGGAAGAUGAGGAACCUCUGAUGGAUCCUGGUUGGUCUCACUUGCAGAUUGUGUAUGAAUUUUUUCUUAGGUUUGUUGCAUCUCCAGAAACAGAUGCAAAACUAGCAAAGAGGUACAUAGAUCACUCUUUUGUUCUCAGAUUGUUGGAUCUCUUUGAUUCAGAGGAUCCGAGAGAGAGGGAAUAUCUGAAAACAAUCCUGCACCGGGUCUAUGGAAAGUUUAUGGUGCAUCGCCCAUUUAUUAGGAAAUCUAUUAAUAAUAUCUUCUUCCGUUUUAUUCUUGAAACGGAGAAAUUUAAUGGGAUAGCUGAGCUUCUAGAGGUACUGGGCAGUAUAAUUAAUGGGUUUGCUCUGCCACUAAAGGAAGAGCACAAAUUGUUUCUUGUUCGUGCUUUAAUCCCUCUUCAUAAACCAAAAUGCUUAGCUAUGUACCAUCAGCAGUUGUCAUACUGUAUUACACAGUUUGUGGAAAAGGACAACAAGCUUGCUGACACUGUAAUUAGGGGUUUACUGAAAUAUUGGCCUAUCACUAAUAGUUCAAAGGAGGUCAUGUUCCUCAGUGAGCUCGAGGAAAUACUGGAGGUGACUCAGCCUGCAGAAUUCCAAAGAUGUAUGGUACCCUUAUUCCGUCAAAUUGCCCGAUGCUUGAGUAGCUCACACUUUCAGGUUGCUGAGAGGGCCCUGUAUUUGUGGAACAAUGAUCACAUUGAGAAUUUAAUCCGACAAAACCGUAAAGUGAUUCUGCCCAUUAUCUUCCCUGCCUUGGAGAAAAGUGGCUGUGCCCACUGGAAUCAGGUCGUCCAGAGCUUGACACUAAAUGUUCGCAAGAUUUUCUCAGAUGUCGAUCCUGAGUUCUUCGAAGAGUGCUUGCACAAGUUUCAAGAGGACGAAGCAAAAGUCAAAGAGGGGAAAACAAAACACGAAGCUACGUGGAAGCGUUUAGAAGAGAUUGCUGCUACAAAAUCUGCAAGUAGUGAGGCAAUUCUUGUCCCUACAGCUAUAGCCACCCAAACAUCUUAAAAGAAGCAAGUUCCAUGGUUUCUUAUUCUGUUAUUUUUUCGGUUGGCAUGCUGGCAUUAAUGGUUCAUAUGCUUCAGGACGCUAGAUUCUGAUCUGAUAGUUGCUGCUUUUCUUCGCUGUUUGUACCUGGUAAGUUUAAGUUUCUGAGGUUUGAAUGGAUGUUCAUGGGAGACAGAAGUACGUUAUGCUAUGGAGGGAAUUUGCUAGUUGGUUUUGAAUUUUAGCAAUCCCAUUCAUGUAUUACUAUUGGGUUUAUUAGGAGGAAGCAGAUAUAGUAGUUCUGAGAUAUUUUACAUGCUCAGACUUCUUGUUAUAAUAUUGCAUUAUUUAAUCUGGUUUCACGUGUAUGUAUUACAAUGACAUUUCAUUCGUUAAUCAUUGUAGAAUUUGCUUUCCUUCUGUAAUACGAUCAAUUCAAAAUAUUUUGGCUAGUUGAUUUUU